CAGCGCAGCAUCACGACAGUGCGGUUGCUCUCGAUGCGGAAGUCCUGAGUGACGGAAACGACGAGAUUGAAGCUUCGUGUUUAUUUUUUGGCCUUCGUCAGCUACACAUAAAAACAUUCAAUCAUGGCUAUGCAAGCGGCUAAACGCGCUAAUAUCCGAUUACCUCCAGAAGUCAACAGAAUUCUGUAUGUCAGGAACCUUCCUUAUAAGAUCACAGCAGAAGAAAUGUAUGACAUUUUUGGCAAAUAUGGUCCAAUACGGCAAAUCAGAACUGGAAACACACCUGAGACAAGAGGGACGGCCUAUGUGGUGUAUGAAGACAUCUUUGAUGCGAAGAAUGCUUGUGACCACCUGUCAGGCUUCAAUGUCUGUAAUCGCUACCUGGUCGUUCUCUACUACAAUGCCAACAGAGCUUUCCAGAAAAUGGACACAAAGAAGAAAGAGGAACAGUUGAAGCUUCUAAAAGAGAAAUACGGCAUCAACACGGAUCCUCCGAAGUAGCAUCCUGGAAUCCUCUUCCCCCCGCAAGAAAAAGUUACCCGUAUUUUUCUGCCUGUACAAAUCUCCCUUUGAUUUUGUUUCUUUUUCUGAGGAGUUAGUUUUUUUUUUUUUUUUCUAUUUACAAAUAUGUGUGAAUAUUCUGAUCAGAGAUAUUGUUGACUCAAAAUUCCAUUUGUGUAGUUUUUGAAGCUCAGUACUUCAGUUUUUUGGUCGAUUUCCCAUUUAGCCGAGAGACUUGGCAAACAUCACACAGAUACACGUUUACUUAGUAUUUAGUUUGGCCUCAUAGUUUGUGCUUGAUUAUAGUGCUGCUGUCUUGUGUGUCUGAAGUCUGAUUUGAUGACUAACAGAUCUGCAGAGGGUGACGUCUGUGUCUUGAUUGAUGUAAACAGCUGUUUUGUUUUUUGUCCCCUGUCAAAGGUCCAUUUGUUUUUCUGCUGGUGCAGUGUAUUGUCAGUAAAAAUGACCUUUAAAUGAGAACUGACCAAAUCACUGAUGUGUGGAAACAGUGCAAAAUUCUGUGUAUAAAUUGUCGUUUUAUUCCUUUUAAAUGUCAAAUGUUGUUCUUAGAUUGCACCUGGUGAUACACUGAACCAAAUAAGCAGACCAGACAAUAGCCCAUAGAGUUCCUUUUAUUAGAUUAAAUCACAACACAGGGAGUAGUGCAGCCAUGUUGUCAGGGACACGAUACAUGCUACAAAAAAAGAAAAAAAAAAUCCUUGUACACGCUCGUCUUUGCUUACAUUUGGUA